AUGGCGUCGGCCGGGCUGCUGCGGCCGCGAGAGCUCUUCCAAGCGCCUCGCUUCGCCAUGUGGCUGCUGGGGUCUCCUCACCUCGGUGGCAGCCACACAGCCUCUGAUAUGCUGCUCGAGGAUCGCCACCUGUUGCGUCAACUUGACGCGGCGUUACUCGUACGACCAGCAGGACGCCUCCUGCUGCCGCUUGCGGUUGCGCCCAGCCCCGAGCAGCUCGCCAGGUUGCGACUCUGGGUCGAUGACAGCGACGAUGUGGACGCCAAUGGCUGCUGGGCUAAGGCCUUGCAGCAGCCCAGCCCCGGUGGCUUUGUGGCGGUCACGGUCUUCAAGCAGCCGGAAGGCGUUCCAACGAGCACGGUCCCUCGCCGGAGCAACGUGCCUGGAAGCGUCGGCACGCGCCUGCUGCUCUCGAAUCCGCACGUGAAGCUCUGGGACUUCCACGUGCCUUCGGGGUCUAGCUGCGAGCUGCACGAACACUUGCACCCGUAUGUGUUCUUCAACCGCGCGCCCUGUGAGACCCGUGGACUGGAUGAAGCGCUGCAGCCGUCAGGGUCCGUGACGACGUUCGAAGCCUGCGAGUUCCGACGCGUUGAGGUCACUGAAGAGGAGAGACACGUUCACGCCUUCCAGAACCCGGGUAAAGUGGACGUACAGCAGUACAUCAUCGAAUUCGUUGGAUGA